GAGGGACGGAGGGGCCGGCGGGAUGCGGGUGCGCGCGGGCCCGUGGUGGCUGCUGCCCUGGGCGCUGCUGGCCGCGGGCGCGGGGCGCGCGAAGGAGCCGCUCGGGGCGCCGCUGGCAGUUUCAGUUCCGAGGUGCAGAGCUUUGAAGGAAAUGGAUGUAAUUGAAACUUCUGCGUCAGACUGUUACUGCUACCAUCAGAACCCCCAAACCGAGUGGAAAUACAUAUGGUCAACGGUGCAGGUGAAGGUCGCCAGUGCCGACCCGCUCAGCCUGGUGUACAUCACGGACAGACACGGCUGCAGGGACCCCGAGACGGUGCUCGCUGCCAUCGAGUGCGCGGUCCACGCGCUCUGGACCCUGCGCGAGUCUCACGAAAUAGCCGUGAACAUCCGUCCACACGAGGGGACCGUGUGCUUCUCCGUGAGGCCGGCCGGCAGGCACUCGGUGCACGUGACGCGCAGCGCCGUGGAUCUCAGGCUCGUCCUCCUGUUUGUGGCCGGCAUCGCCCUCUUGCGCUCCGCGGCGCGCCUGAGUCGAAGCCCUGCUUUCUAUUACUGCUCGGGGACGGCGCUGGGCGUGCUGAUGACUCCGGUCUUCCUGCUGCUGCUGGCGAGAAGGUCCAUCCCCAAGUAUAGCACCUUUGGGGCAGUCAUGGUUGGUUGUUGGUUUGCCUCGGUGUAUGUGGUGUGCCAGGGGAUGGAGCACCUGCCGUGGCUGUGGUGUGAGCACAGGAUGUAUGUCGUAGGCUAUGUCCUGGCAGUGGGGUCCCUCAGCUUCGCUGCCUGUUACAGACGCGGGCCCCUGGCCGAGGAGAGGAGCCGGCGCCUCCUGGCGUGGACGCUGCGGCUGCUGGGCCUGGCGCUGACCCGCUGCGGCGCCCCCGUGCCCGGGGCCGCCUGGGCCGCCGCCGGCCUCCUGCUGCUGCCCCGGGCUCUGCGCUGCCCGGCGAGAGCUCUCAGGAACGUGAAGAAGUGGCUGAGGUCCCGGAGGCCGGCGUUCAGGUACCUGACCGAGGAGGAGUACCAGGAGCAGGCCGACGCCGCGACCGCCCGGGCCCUGGAGGAGCUGCGCCAGGCCUGCCGCCGGCCCGACUUCCCGUCCUGGCUGGCCGUGUCCCGGCUCCAGGCGCCGAGAAAGUUCGCGGACUUCGUCCUCGGAGGAAGCCACUUGUCGCCGGAAGAAAUGCGUCUCCAUGAAGAGCAGUACAGCCUGGGGGGCACCUUCCUGGAGGAGCAGCCCUUUCACCUGGGGCGGGGGCAGCCGCCUGAAGCCUGUCGGUCCGGAGGCGGCAUUGGUGCCAGCGCAGGUGCUGGGAGACCGGCCCGGCGUGUAGAGACCGGCCCGGCGUGCUCCCGGCACAUAGAGACCGGCCCGGCGUGCUCCCGGCGUGUAGAGACCGACCUGGAGUGCUCCCGGCACAUAGAGACCGGCCUGGAGUGCUCCCGGCACAUAGAGACCGACCUGGAGUGCUCCCGGCACAUAGAGACCGGCCCGGCGUGCUCCCGGCACAUAGAGACCGGCCCGGAGUGCUCCCGGCACAUAGAGACCGACCUGGAGUGCUCCCGGCACAUAGAGACCGACCCGGCGUGCUCCCGGCACAUAGAGACCGACCUGGAGUGCUCCCGGCACAUAGAGACCGGCCCGGCGUGCUCCCGGCACAUAGAGACCGGCCCGGAGUGCUCCCGGCACAUAGAGACCGACCUGGAGUGCUCCCGGCACAUAGAGACCGACCUGGAGUGCUCCCGGCACAUAGAGACCGACCCGGAGUGCUCCCGGCACAUAGAGACCGACCCGGAGUGCUCCCGGCACAUAGAGACCGGCCCGGAGUGCUCCCGGCACAUAGAGACCGGCCCGGCGUGCUCCAGUGCGUCCACGUGCUGCUCAGGAAGGGGCUCUCAGGUCAGCUCGCUCCACGCCGAGUGCAGCAGGACUGCUCGGCCGUGA